AACGAUACUAAGAAAAUGUAUGCAAUGAAGUACAUGAACAAACAAAAAUGUGUGGAACGGAAUGAAGUGAGAAAUGUCUUCAAAGAGUUACAGAUCAUGCAGGGACUGGAACAUCCUUUCCUUGUGAACCUGUGGUACUCAUUCCAGGAUGAAGAAGACAUGUUUAUGGUGGUGGAUCUGCUUCUUGGAGGAGAUUUGCGUUAUCACCUGCAGCAAAAUGUCCGUUUUGAAGAGGACACUGUGAAGCUAUUCAUCUGUGAACUAGCACUGGCACUGGAUUAUCUCCAAAGCAGGAGCAUCAUCCACAGGGACAUAAAGCCUGAUAAUGUCUUGAUGGAUGAGCAGGGACACGUGCAUGUUACAGAUUUCAAUAUUGCUACAGUGCUAAAUAAAGAUAUGCAGGUUACUAGCAUUGCUGGCACGAAACCAUAUAUGGCACCUGAGAUGUUUAGUUCUACAAAACCUAUUGGUUAUUCCUAUGCUGUUGAUUGGUGGUCACUAGGAAUUACAGCCUAUGAACUCCUCAGAGGCCGGAGACCAUACCAUAUUCGCUCUAGUAAUGCUGCAAAUGAAAUUGCCCAUGUGUACAAGACGGCCACCAUUAUGUAUCCUGCUGCUUGGUCAAAGGAUAUGGUGUCGCUGAUUAAAAAAUUGCUGGAAAUAAAUUCAGAGGAGAGAUUUUCUCAACUGAGUCAUAUCCAGGAGUUCCCUUAUUUGGCUGAUAUCAACUGGGAUGCUGUCCUACAGAAGAGAAUAUUGCCUGGAUUUCUCCCUAAUAAAGGGAAAUUAAACUGUGACCCAACCUUUGAACUUGAGGAAAUGAUCCUAGAAUCCAAACCACUUCAUAAAAAGAAGAAGCGCCUGGCUAAGAAGGAGAAGGAAAGCAGCAAAAAUGAUUCCUCAGAGACCUGCCAGCUGCAGAAAAACCUGGAGUCAAUACAAAGGGACUUCAUAAUUUUCAACAGAGAAAAGGCACGGCAACAACAUAACAAAAUUCAGGAGAACUUGACGCUGGCACAAACCAAAGACAACGAGGAAGAAGAUGACCAAAACAAUAAUCUUUGA